UCGGAACGCCCUAUGUCCGGCUGCCAGCGGACCCUCCCUCUUCUCCCAGGACCCACACGUCAGCGAGACGAGACCACGCCCCCAUGUUCCCACGAGCACCACCGCGCCGCGCGCCCCCUCCUUCCAGCCUCCACUCCACCUGCGCUUUCACACUCGACUCGCACCAGGAGCGCGCUGCUCGUAACAGCCGUAGGCGAGGACCCGGCGCCGAAUUCGGUUGCCGGCGCGGCUCUGCGGGCGCCGCGUGGCGCUGUCGGCGGCGAUGAGGGUGGGCGGCGGGAGGGAGGCGGCGUCGGCGCUCGCGCUCGCGCUGCGGGUGCUGCUGAUCGCGACCGCCUGCGGCCUCGUCUUCGCGCUCCUCAACCUCCCCUCCGACGGCCGCGCCCCCUCCCCCGGUCCCGGUGGGGAGCGGGAGCGGGAGCGGGAGCGCGCGGGUGGGGGAGGGACCCGGUUGUCGGUGGAGCAGGGGCAGAUUCGAGAGGUCAGGAGACUGAACGUCGUCGCCGAAGAGAUAGACGUGCAAACUGAUGAAAUUGCUGCAGAAGAAGAUGAAAGAAUAUCUAAAUCACCUCCAGGCACUAAAGAGAAGAUAUGGAUGAUGCAAGAUCAGCUAAUUAUGGCCAAGGCUUACUUGCAUUUCGCUUCUUUGCAUGGCAAUGCACAUUUAGUUCGAGAGCUGAAAUUGAGGAUGAAAGAGAUUGAAAGGGCAAUAAGUCACUCCAGUGGGGGUUCUCAUGUACCUGGCAGUGCAUUGCAGAAAAUCAAGGCAAUGGAAAUGACCUUAUCCAAAGCUCAGAGGAGCUACCCACGUUGCUCUCAGAUGACAUCAAAGCUACGUGCAAUGACGCAUAACAGUGAAGAAUUGGUCAGAGCGCAUCGAAGUGAAUCUUCAUUCCUUGAGCAGGUUGCUGUGAGGACAUUACCCAAAGGCCAUCACUGCCUAGCAAUGCGACUUACCACAGAAUACUUUUUGUUAGAUCCUAAGGAACGUGAGUUCCCUAAAAGAUACAGCAAGCAGAUGGAUAGCUUUUAUCAUUAUGCAGUAUUCUCUGACAGUGUGCUUGCAAGUGCAGUGGUUGUCAACUCUACAAUUGCUGUGUCAAAGGAUCCCAGAAUGAUGAUGUUUCAUAUUGUAACUGAUGCAUUGAAUUAUCCUGCAAUGACGAUGUGGUUUCUGACAAACCCACCAACCCCAGCAACAAUCCAAAUUGGAAGCCUGGAGGAUUUGAAAUGGUUGCCUGGUGAUUUCAAUUCUAGAUUUAAGCAGAAGGGAAUUCACGAUCUAAGAUACACUUCUGCACUUAACCACUUGCGCUUUUAUUUGCCGGAUGUGUUCCCUUCUUUGAGCAAGGUUCUGCUCUUGGACCAUGAUGUUGUAAUCCAAAAAGACCUGAGUGGAUUGUGGGACAUCGAUAUGAAGGGUAAAGUAAUUGGUGCUGUUGAGACAUGCAAUUCUGGCGACAGUUAUCAUCGAUUGGAUAGUCUUGUUGAUUUUUCUAAUCCAAGUAUCUUCAACAAAUUUGAUGCAAAGGCUUGUGUAUUUGCAUUUGGGAUGAACAUAUUUAACCUCAAGGAAUGGCGCAAACAGGGUUUAACUGUGACUUACCAUAAAUGGUUUCAGGCGGGCAAAAGGCGGAGGUUAUGGAAGGCGGGAAGCUUGCCACUGGGCCAGCUUGUCUUCUACAAUCAAACAGCGCCUCUUGAUCACCGAUGGCAUGUUCUAGGUCUUGGCCAUGACAUUAGCAUAGGUAGAGAUGAGCUUGAAAGCGCCUCCGUCAUCCACUACAGUGGGAAACUCAAACCCUGGCUAGAAAUCUCCAUCCCAAAGUACAGAGACUACUGGAACAGGUACCUUAACUAUGAUAACCCGUACUUGCAGCAGUGCAAUAUCCACUGAUAGAGGCAAUGGGGGCAACAAGACUCGCACGAGGGCUCAUGGAUACACAGUUUUGCUAUGUAGUACUCCGUACUUAGUAAGCUGAUCUUAUUCGUUUUUGGGCAUCUGUUACUGGAUGUCCUAUUCUGUAUUAGGGUAUGCACUUUAACCACUUGUUCACAAUCUGUGCAAAAUGUACGAAAUAACAAAAUCGAAUAAAAAAGGGCUAUAAUUUUACUAA